UAAAAUUAAAUGCCACUAAAAUUACUUCGAAAUGGUCAUUAUGCAUAUGAUAAACUCUACACUCUACAUAUACGACUUCUUGAUAAUACAGUGAUGAACAUAAAUGUUCCACUUGCUUCUAAAGGCAAAGAUUGUUUACAGAAAAUUGCACAAUAUAUUGGUUUAUAUGAGAUUGAAUACUUUGGACUACAGUUUUUGACAAAGAAGGAAAAGCUUCAUUGGGUUGAUCUUGAUAAAUGUCUUAGAAAACAGCUUGAUCGACAUAAAAGUUGCAAGGGGACAGAAGCUAUACUGUUAUUUAAAGUUCAAUUUUUUGUACCUAAUUGCUGCACACUUCAGCAAGAAAUAACAAGGUAUCUUUAUUACCUUCAACUUAAGUCACUAAUACUUAGUGGAAAAUUGAAAUGUAAUCUAGGAAUUGCUCUGAGACUUGCUGCUCUUGCUGUUCAAGCUGAGUUAGGUGCAAAUGAAACUACAGAAAGUAAAAUUCAAGAUCUUGAUCAGUUUAUUUUGUUACCAUUUUAUUUAACACAUAAAGAAGAUGAAAACAGACUACAUGAGGAGAUUCUUCUUUUGCAUAAAGAAAAUAGAUAUGAUACCAUGACAGCUGCUGAUGCAGAAAAUGCAUACAUUCAGUUAUGUUAUGAAAUUCCACAGUAUGGUUGUGAAAUUUUUAAUGGAAAGGAUAAAGAUGCAUUGCUUGUUGAAGUUGGUGCAAGUUACCAUGGUAUCCAUAUUGCAUUUGUUAAUAAAGAAAAAGCUCAAAAAGUUUUUGAAUGGAAAGACAUAGGAGACAUGUCAUUUAAUAGACAAAAUUUUGUUUUGCAAAACUCAAAGACUGGCGAGACUUUUACUGUAGAUAUGGGCGAUAAUGAAAAUGCUAAAUACUUUUGGAAAGUAUGCAUUAGUCAGCAUAAAUUUUUUCGCAUAUCUGGUAACUUUUUGGCCAGGACAGCUUUCCGGACUCAAAAAGAAAUUUCAACGGAUGCUGCGAUGUUAAUCAAUGUUCAAGAAUCUCCUGGAUUUAAAAGACGAGUCACUUUAACAAAAAAGAAACUAUCUGUGAAGUCAUCAAGUCCUAAUAAAAGCCCAUCAAGUUCAGCUUCUGGUUCAGUUCACAUUCACAGCGAUAAUUCCUCCAAUAUUAGUUUGUUACUAAGCAACACUAUUGAUGAAGCGGAGUUUCUUCAUCGCUAUGAAGAUUUACUAAGCCCUACAAGAGAAAGGGGUAACUCUUCUAUAUCUCAUGGUAGUACUCCAGCUUCAAGUGAUUAUAACAGCUCUGACUCUGAUCGUGAAGUUGAGUUUAAUUAUAGCCCAGUCAGUUCAGUUGUUAAUGAAAAGAGGCGUCCUGCUUCACUUAUAAUUACAAGAUUGUCAAGAAUUGCUUCGGAGCAUAGAGAUCUUUUGUUAAAACACCUAGAGCAACUACUAGAAAAUAAUCGAAUUUUAGAAGAAUAUCAGCAAAUAUUUCGUGAAAAAACUGGUUAUUCUACAGUUUGUGGUUCAAGUCAAGUUCUUAAGAACCGAAAUAGCAAAAUACUUCCUUAUGAUGAUAACAGAAUUCUCUUGCCCCAAGAUAACAUAGAUGGUUCUGACUAUAUAAACGCAAGCCUAAUAAAGAUCAGUAAAAGACAAUCAUUUAUUGCUGCACAGUCACCAUUGCAACAGACAACCAAUGAUUUUUGGAGUAUGAUAUGGAAUGAAAAAAUUAAUGUUAUUGUCAUGAUGUCAAAGUUAAAGGAAAGAGGUGAAGAAAUCUGUUUUCCUUAUUGGCCAACUAAUAACGAUGUUGUUGCCUAUAAUCAGGUCAAAGUUAAACAGAAUUUUGUGAAAACUUAUGAAAAUUAUAUCGUUCGAAGGUUGGUUCUACAACAUGAUUUUAUUGACAAGACACAAACAUUAUUUCAUUUUCAAUACAACCAGUGGCCAGUGGAUUAUGAUGUGCCAAAAUGUAGUAAACCUUUCAUUGAAUUUAUCAAUGAGAUUCAUUCAAUACAAAAAUUGUUAAGUAAUUCAACUUCAAGCUUGCAGCCAUUGCUUGUUCAUUGUGAAGAUGGUUCUAGUCGAACAGGUGUUUUCAUACUUGUGUCUACUUUGUUCGGAAUAAUUGAAAGAAAUGAGACACUUGAUAUACCAAUCACACUUGCUGAGCUUCGUAUGCAGCGUAUGCAUCUUGUUGGUUCUGUUCAACAAUACAAAUUUGUCUACACAGUUCUCAUCGACUAUCUUAGACAAAAUAGACUAAUCUAGAUUAAUUUCUGUCUUUAUUCUUUUAAUAUAUUCUAAUAUAUAAGUUAUCUUUUUUUUGCAACAGAAUUUUUUUAAUUGUUAUAAUUUUUUUUAAAUUAUUGGGUAACAAAAUCAUUUUAAAU